CUGGCCAGAUUGAGAGGAGAAAUGAUGGCGGAUUACAAGCAUAGCAGAAGAGGUUGCACCGACGACGGAGGGCCGCAGGAGGAGGAAGGCAGAGUGAAAACUAAGCCUGUCUCUUGUAGCACUGUGGGAGGAGAAGGGACAGCAGUCAAACGCACAUCCCAACAUCUCACACCUGAAGAUGAGGAUGAGUCCUCAGCAGACCCACCAGCACCCAUCAAAGUCUCCAAGAUAGGCUUUAGCAUGAGCAGUCAGCUGGGAAAGAAGUCCAACCCCAUAUCUAUCAAACUUGGAGCAUCAAAACCCAAAGAACCUGCACCAUCACUCCCUCCAAAAAAGACUGGGCUGGCAUCUGUUUUUAAUGAAGAUGAUGAUAGUGAACCUGAGGAGAUGCCUCCAGAAGCAAAGAUGAGGAUGAAGAACAUUGGCAGGGAAACACCGACAUCUGCGGGACCCAAUUCCUUCAACAAGGGCAAGCAGGGCUUCUCCGAUCAUCAAAAACUUUGGGAGAGGAAGAUGAAGGCCCAAGCAGACAAAUUGUAAAUGACUUACCAGAGUUACACAAUUAGUGGUCGCUAAUGGAUUAUUUUGUAUAGUUUAAAGCUUGUCAGAGAUAUCUAUUAAGGCUCAGAUUAUUCUUCACUGUGGCCUUGUGUUUGACAACUUCUCAUCUUUGUGGACAUGAGAUGAAGAAUACUUUAAGCCUUUUAUGAUACUCUCACGUUUACGAUUCUAACCACUACCUGCUAACGCUAACUAAGAGGAAGGGUACCAGGGUGUCAAGCCUCUGUGUUGAGUGGUGAAGAGUGGGGAGAUAGGACUAACAAAUUAGCCAGAAUAUUCAUUAAACUGUAACAUUUGCUACAGUUGGUUUCUGCUGGCUGAUUAGAAAAUCUGGCAUCUCAGAGCCUUCAUUCCCCUUUUUUGACAUGCCUGUUCCGAUCUGAAGCUGGUUAGGUAUCCUGAGCAAACUCUUGAUGUUGCUUGUCUAAUAUUUGUGUAAAAAUGUACAUAGAAGCGUGAUAAUGUUUUAUUUUUCAAUCCACAAAUGGGCGUGUGUGUGAGUGUUAUCGUGUGUGUGGGGGGCAGGCGGGGGAGGGGGGCAUAGAUGGAUUGCAUCAUUAGUUUCUCAACAUCAGUGUACAACCCUUUGUUUCACCAGCUGUGCCACCUCGUAGCUGUCUUGUUUGAUUUUUAUGUUUUGUUUUAUGUGUGUUUGAGCUUUGUGCCAGUAUUUCUGUUUCUUGCUUACCUAAUAUUGUAUUUCUGUCUGUCUGUGAUCUGUCACUGAAUCUGGCAAAGGGAAGGACUGUUCAUGUGUUUUUAGUUGACAAUUGUGUGAAGACCAGAAUCAUACAGCCAUGACAAGUAUACCAGGGUGAUGGUCGUGUUACAUGAGUUAUGUGUGGUUAAAAAAAUAGCUUAGGCACAUUUCCAAACCAUUUUCAUUGCCACUUUCACAUCAGUAAGCCCAUUCUUUAGAAAUGUAGCCCCAAUCCUUCUGGCUCAGAUAAAUGUGGUACUUGAAUGACUUUGUGGAAGAUCCCUUUGAUCAAAAAUAUAAACUUUAAAUUCCUCCGUGGGUGACCUAACUGUUGUGAACGGGCUUUCCCUGAACGAAAUUUAUAUCCACUGCCACAACCUGAGUUCUAAAACACAACUCUCUUGAAUACACAUUUAAAAGCCAGUCAUAAUAAAGAAAUGGUAUCAUACGUAAUGUGUGAAAUGUUCAUUGUUGACACCUCUGCUGUAACAACACAUGACAAAACCUCACAAGAUGAAUUUGUACUUAAGCUGAUACAGAAACAGCUAUAUAAAAGCCAAUUGUUAAGUUUAAUUGUCAAUAGCAUUCAUCUUUGUGCAGUGGGUUUAUCAAAUCUUUUAUGUUAUAUUUAUUAUUUUUAAUGCUAUAAAUGCUAAUGUAGAGUUGAUAGGUAAUUGAUUAAUCUGCACUGUUGAACUGAAACACAGUUUAUUUUUGAUAGAGAUGAAAAUUAAAGAUAAAAUUACAACUACUGGAGCCAGAGCAUGACACAGAGGGUAAGUCACUUUUUCCUGACAUCUGAAUACGAUACAUUAUGAUUUAGUUGCCCUGCCAUCAUGGAAAUUUCCUUUACACACAGAGUAAAAAAUGUAAUAUAAACUGCUUUGUGAAAUAAAUAUGCUGUACAUCA